UGUAGGUUCAUUAUUAGCCUUUGUUCAAAUUUUGUUUCCUUCAAAAAUGAGGGUCAGAGCUCAGAACCCUCUAAAUCUGAAGCUCCUCCUCAUUAUAGUCACCACAUCAUCUCUCCUCCUAUUCACUCUCAAAUCAACCUUACCAUCAUCCUCGUCUCCGGCCGGUUUCCUGUCUAGGAAGGCGAAAGGCGGCGCGGGGUGCUCGCCAGGGAAGCUGCCGACGUCGGUGGCGGAGGCGCUGGUCCACUACACGACGUCGAGCAUCACCCCGCAGCAGACGCUCAAGGAGAUCUCGGUGACGGCGAGGGUCCUCGACCGGGCGUCGCCGUGCAACUUCCUCGUGUUCGGCCUCGGCCACGACAGCCUCAUGUGGCACUCGCUCAACCACGGGGGACGGACCGUGUUCCUGGAGGAGGACGCGGCCUGGAUAGAGCAGAUCAGCCGGAGAUUCCCCAUGCUGGAGUCGUACCACGUGGCGUACGGGAGCAGGGUGAGCGAGGCGCGCGGACUCAUGGAGGCGGGGAGGGGGCCCGAGUGCACGGCCGUCGCUGAUCCGAGGUACUCGAUGUGUCAGUUGGCGCUCAAGGGGUUGCCCAGCAUUGUCUACGGCGUGGAGUGGGACGUGAUCAUGGUGGACGCGCCCACAGGGUACUACGAUGAGGCACCGGGGAGGAUGUCGGCCAUCUACACAGCCGGGAUGAUGGCUAGGAACCGCCACGGUGGGGCCGAGACGCAUGUGUUUGUGCAUGAUGUGAAUAGGGAGGUGGAGGAUCAAUUUUCGCGGGAGUUUCUUUGUGAGGGGUAUAUGAGGAAACAACAGGGGAGGUUGAGGCAUUUUCUUGUACCCAGCCACAGGGAUGAUCCCAAUAGACCGUUUUGCCCUUUAGUUCGAACAGCCGCUUGAUUUUAUCAUUUUUUUUCUUCUUUUUUGGUUUUGUGGCUCUAUGUAGAAGGAAUUGAAUUUGUUGAUAAAUUUUGAUAUAUAAUGGGAGAUGAAUAAAGAAUAAGAUAGAUGGGUGAA